AUGUCUAUAUCCAAAGAUUUCUUUCAUGCUGCACUGAAUACGUACCGGGACUGCGUGUCCCAGGAUCGUUGCUAUAACCAAGACUCGGAUUUUGACUUCCAAGUCCAGAAUGCCGAGACGUCUUUCAGGUACCUAUUCCGUCCGCUCGUCCCAUCACUUCGGCGGGUGAGUAUUGAAGAACAAGAUUUCACGCCCAUUGAGGAGCUAUUAUGGGUGAUGCUGACAGGCGUGCAGGACCACCUCCAAUUGCAUAUCCCGACAGUCAACGAGAGUUGCUGGAUACGGUUGACAAGCGUCUUACACCAGAAGACCAAGCUUUGCUAA